AUGGAUUCCAAAGAUACAAUUUUAUCAACUGAAGGCGAACGUCUUGAAAUGCCUCAACCCGAUAACGAGCCAAAGUUGAAGUAUCAGAGACUUGGUGCGAGUGUCGGUGAAGUACUGAAAGAAGACUCGGCGAGUGCUAUGGCUGUAUCCGAACGGUUUGUUGUUCUGGGCACCCAUAAUGGUUCAGUCCUUUUACUUGAUUUUCAGGGAGAUGUUGUUAAUCGCUUCACCAAACAUACUGCGUCUGUGUCUGAUAUCUCUAUUGAUGCCAAUGGAGAGUAUGUGGCAAGCGCGUCACUUGACGGAAAAGUUGCAAUAUAUGGUUUAUACCCAGAAAGUUCCGCAUCCAACGAUUCCAAAGAAGUAUAUCCUGUAGAAGUAUACGACUACAAACGACCGGUGAAAUGUGUCGCCUUGGAUCCAGAAUAUAAUAGAAAGAAGACGCGUCCGUUUGUAUGUGGCGGAAUGGCAGGAAUAUUGCAUCUGAGGGAAAAAGGAUGGUUUGGCGAUAAGGACACGCCGUUACAAGGCUCUGGUGAAGGACCUAUUACUGCUGUCAAGUGGAGAGGAUCAUUGAUUGCUUGGGCUAAUGAUGAGGGUGUAAAGAUGUAUGAUACAAACUCGCAGAACCGUAUUACUUGGAUUGCUAGACCUUCUGAUAGUCCAAGAGCCGACUUAUAUCGAUGCAAUCUGUGUUGGCGCAGUGACACAACGUUAAUGAUUGGAUGGGCCGACAGUAUACGUGUUGCUAUAGUCAGAGAUACUCCUAGGCAAGAAAUUUUACAGGGCAAGCCACCGUUAUAUGCAGAAAUUAUCGCACAAAUCACGACAGAUUUUAUCGUCUGUGGUAUCGCGCCAUUUAGAGAUAUGAUGCUGUUAUUGGCGUAUCCAACUGCCGACAUACAUCAACAUGAAGAAACAGAUGACCCGGAGAAACAGAAACGACAGAAAGCCAGACCCCCUGAACUGCGCAUAAUCGACUCAGCCAAUGAAGAAAUUUCAUGCGAUGCUCUACGCCUCCAUGGAUUUCAACAUUAUCAACCGAACGACUAUGUGUUGGACUAUUUGUCAUCAGAAGAUAUGUUCUACGUAGUCAGCCCCAAAGAUCUUGUAGUUGCGAGAGAGCGUGACUUAGACGAUCAUAUUAAAUGGCUAAAGGAGAGAUCAAGAUAUGAGGAGGCAUUGCAAUCGCUUAGAGAAGCACUCAUUCGUAAUGUUGCUAGUGCAUAUACAAUCAAAGGGUUGGGGCAAAAGUAUUUAGAGUAUCUAGUAGGAAAAGAGGAGUUUGAUAAGGCGGCGGCGGAAUGUCCCAAUAUACUCGGUGACGACGCUGAGCUGUGGGAGCGAUGGAUAUAUGCCUUUGCUGAUAUGUGGCAAUUACAGUCAAUUACCCCAUUUAUUCCAUACAAAAACCCUCAAUUGAGUGAUGCGGUGUACGAAAUGGUAUUAUUACACUUCCUACAGAAUGACCAUCAGUCUCUGGUAAAAACCAUUAUGAAUUGGCCUUCGACACUAUACAAUAUAAGAAGUGUCAUUGUCCUGGUUGAAGAGGCUCUAAUCAAAGAGAAUGACAAUCCUAUUUUAAUGGAAUGUUUGGCUGAAUUAUAUGCAUACAAUCGCGAACCAGAUAAAGCUCUAGAAUAUAACCUCAGGCUACGCCGUCCAAAUGUUUUCGAGUUGAUUCGUGACUAUAAUUUAUUCUCUGCUCUUGAAGGCAGAAUAAUAUUGCUUAUGGAAUUUGAUCAGCAUUUGAUGAAGGAGGAAGAAGAGAGAGAGAAAAAGGAAAAACAGAGUGAGAGCGCGGAUGGCGAUACUGCCCAAAAAAACUCAACUAAAUCACGUGCGAAGAGACAGAGUGAAGGACCUGCUGUGCAAUUAUUGGUUCAGAAUACAGAGCUCGUACCAACUUUUUUGGUUGUCAGGGAAUUAAAAGAAAAUCCGUACUUUAUGUACAUUUACUUGGAUGCACUGUUCCACCACGAUCCUCAUCUCGGUUAUGAGUAUCACGACAUGCAGAUUGAAUUGUAUGCCGAAUACGAAUAUGAUGGACUCAUGGAAUUUCUACGUACGAGUAAUUAUUACUCGCUUGAUCGGGCCUACGAGAUAUGUAAACAAAGAGACUUGGUACCCGAGAUGGUCUUCAUCCUCGGACGUAUGGGCAACAACAAGCAAGCGUUGAUGUUGAUCAUCGAACGCUUGCAAGACGUACAACGCGCCAUUGAUUUUGCGAAAGAACAAGACAACGAAAUACUCUGGGAAGACCUACUUGUAUACUCAUUAGACAAGCCUCGCUUCAUCAUUGGGCUUCUCGAAAAUCUCGGCAGCACCAACAUUGAUCCUAUUGCUAUGAUACGCCGUAUUCCGGGAGGAUUGGAGAUACCUGGGUUGAAACAAGCCCUCAUUAAAGUCUUACAAGACUACAAUCUGCAAGCAUCCUUGCGAGAGGGCUGCGAAAAAAUAUUAGUGAACGACAGUGUAGCAAUGGUUUAUCAGCUCAAUCAAGCGCAGAAGCAUGGCAUAUCUUGUGAAGCUGAAUUGAAUUGUUCUAUAUGCCAAGAGACCAUUAUUAGAGACGAUCUAAACUCAACGCCAGACCCAAAGGCGACGACGAUAAUAUUUUUCUGCAAACAUGCGUAUCACCAACAAUGCCUUCUGGACUCGGAAAGUUUUGAAUUGUCUAAUCAACCAUUGAAACCAGCUGGAGGACGUUUUGGAAUAGCUCCAAAAAUCAGACAUACCACUUUACUACGAUCUUUAGGGCGUCCUCCACAGUGUCCUAUUUGUCAUGAAGCACAACAUAAACAUAAGCCACUCAGUAAGGGAAAACGCGCGACUGGUCCUAUUAAGGGAUUUGUCAGAAGUAGACAAGGUUCUUCCUCGUCUUCUUCUCUAAAAGAUGAUGACGGAAUGCCACCAAUGGUGCCAUUAAGGUUCUAA